AUGGUGCCGCUGGUGCGGAGCGCCGGGGGCUCCCACCAGUGGCUGGCGAUCGUGUUCCUCGGCCUUUGCUGUCUCCUGCCCCCCGGGCGACUCGCCGCUCCGGGCGGAGACUUCCCCGGGGCGGCCGUGGACAAUCUGGUGGUCAGGAAGGGGGACACGGCGGUGCUUAGGUGUUACUUGGAAGAUGGAGCUUCAAAAGGUGCCUGGCUGAAUCGGUCGAGUAUUAUUUUUGCUGGAAGCGAUAAGUGGUCAGUAGAUCCUCGAGUUUCAAUCGCAACAGCAAAUAGAAGAGAAUACAGCCUGCAGAUACAGGACGUAGACGUGACAGAUGACGGUCCAUACACUUGUUCUGUGCAAACUCAACACACUCCUAGAACGAUGCAGGUGCACUUAACUGUACAAGUUUCCCCGAAGAUAUUUCGUAUUUCGAGUGACAUCGUUGUGAACGAAGGAAGCAAUGUUACUCUGGUGUGCCUGGCCACGGGGAAGCCAGAGCCUUCCAUUUCUUGGAGACACAUCUCUCCGUCUGCAAAACCAUUUGAGAGUGGACAGUACCUGGACAUCUAUGGAAUUACAAGAGACCAGGCUGGGGAAUAUGAAUGCAGUGCAGAAAAUGAUGUCUCAGUCCCCGAUGUGAAAAAAGUAAAAGUCACAGUAAACUUUGCCCCCACAAUUCAGGAACUUAAAUCCAGCGGUGUGAUGCUUGGAGGGAACGGACUGAUACGGUGCGAAGGUGCAGGAGUUCCUGCCCCGGUCUUUGAGUGGUACAAAGGAGAGAGGAAACUGAUCAAUGGUCAACAAGGAAUUACUAUUAAAAAUUAUAGUACAAGAUCACUUCUUACUGUUACCAAUGUGACAGAAGAGCAUUUUGGCAACUAUACAUGUGUCGCUGCCAACAAGCUAGGGACGACCAAUGCCAGCCUGCCUCUCAACCCUCCCAGUACAGCCCAGUACGGGAUCACCGGUGACGCCGAAGUCCUCUUCUCCUGCUGGUACCUUGUGUUGACACUGUCCUCCCUCACCAGCAUAUUCUACCUGAAGAACAUCAUUCUGCACUAAGUGUAA